UUUCAUUACAACUUCCGUAAUAAUUUGGAUACCAUUUACGAGAAAUCCUGGGAAUAUCUGUGCGUUUCCUCCCUGUUCGAUGUCUGUAGAAGGAUUAUUAUUCACGUAGGAGGAUUCCUAACAUUCACUAGCCUAUAUUUUAUGGGCGGAUUGGGGUGAAAAUGGUGUAUUUUAAUGGCUCUCUCAAGUUAAAAGUAUGCGAAGCAGCGCAGCUGAAGCCCACGAAAUUUGCAACCCGUCAUCAGAUGGGACAGAACAAGACGUUGGCCACCAUAGAUCCGUACAUAUCGGUGGAUAUAGACGAGUGUUUCAUAGCUCGGACGACGUCUAAGACAAAAACGUGUAUGCCUAUUUGGAACGAAGAUAUCGUAUCAGAAGUACACAAUGGGCAAAUCGUUGGUUUAACCGUGUUCCAUGAUGCCGCCAUUCCGCCCGAUAUAUUUGUUGCAAAUUGUACGAUACCGUUCGAGCAUGUGACGGACAAAAAGACAGAUAUAUGGAUCGACUUGGAACCAACUGGGAAAAUCCAUGUCAUUGUUGAACUGAACGGUUCGAUUUCUGAAGAUCCACAUUUGGAUAAUGAUGCUACCCAGCCUAACUCACGAGGGGCCAUUGGGCGUGCCAGACCACCGAAAAAGGAGAAAGAACGAGUAUUCAAGGAGAAGGAAGGACUGUUGAAUCGGCGCCGUGGUGCUAUGCGAAGACGCGUGCACCAAGUGAAUGGACACAAGUUCAUGGCCACCUUGUUCAGACAACCCACAUUUUGCUCACUGUGUAGGGAUUUUAUAUGGGGUCUUUGGAAGCAGGGAUAUCAAUGCCAAGUGUGUACGUGUGUCGUUCACAAGCGAUGCCAUGAGCAUGUUGUCACGAAAUGUCCAGGAUCGAAGGAAACACCAGCAGACGAGGUUAGCGGAACGAGAUUUAAUAUUAAUGUUCCGCACCGGUUUAAUGUCCAUAACUACAAGCGACCAACGUUUUGUGACCAUUGUGGAUCUUUGCUUUAUGGUCUUAUCCGACAAGGUCUGCAGUGUGAUGUUUGCAAGAUGAACAUCCACAAGAGAUGUCAGACGAACGUUGCCAACAACUGCGGCAUCAGCGACCGCAUGAGGGACAUGGCUCAGAUCUUGGCCGACAUCGGCAUUUCUGGUGACAAGCUAAGAGGACGGCCGCGACAGCCUGCAAUCAGUGAAUCUCCCAACAGGAGUGCCACCGGAAGAUCAUAUUCAUCUCCUAUACCUGUGAUACCAGAUGAAAACAAUGAGGGUGGUCUAGAUGCAAGUAACAUGUUCAUGGGAGACACGUUGAUGCCAUCAACUAACGACCACUCAGGUUCCCGCACGCGCAGCCCGUCGCAGGACCGCGGCCGCUCAAAAGAUCGCUAUCAUCUAACCGACUUCACCUUCAUCAAAGUAUUAGGGAAAGGAAGUUUUGGAAAGGUGAUGCUAGCUGAGUGUAAAGGUCACGAUGAGGUGUAUGCGGUGAAGGUUUUAAAGAAGGAUGUUAUAUUGCAAGAUGACGAUGUCGAAUGCACCAUGACCGAGAAACGGAUUCUGGCGCUGUCGGCCAAGCAUCCUUUCCUGACAGCACUUCACUCCAGUUUCCAGACAAAGGAGAGACUUUUCUUUGUGAUGGAGUACGUGAAUGGAGGAGAUUUGAUGUUCCAAAUCCAAAGAGCUCGCAAGUUUGACGAACCGAGGGCACGAUUUUAUGCUGCUGAGGUGACACUAGCCCUCAUGUUCCUCCAUCGACAUGGCAUAAUCUAUAGGGAUUUGAAGCUAGACAAUAUUUUGCUGGACGCAGAAGGCCACUGUAAGAUUGCUGACUUCGGUAUGUGUAAGGAGGGCAUGGUUGAUGGAAAGACGACCCAGACGUUCUGCGGAACGCCCGACUACAUUGCUCCAGAGAUCCUACAAGAACUGGAGUAUGAUGCGUCGGUGGACUGGUGGGCGCUGGGAGUGCUCAUGUACGAGAUGAUGGCCGGGCAGCCGCCGUUUGAGGCCGACAAUGAAGACGACCUUUUCGAAUCAAUACUGCAUGAUGAUGUUCUCUAUCCGGUUUGGCUUAGCAAAGAGGCUGUAGCAAUAUUAAAAGGGUUCAUGACAAAGAACCCGGCAAAGCGACUUGGCUGUGUUAAAUCCCACGGUGGUGAGAAGGCAAUUCUUGUGCACCCGUUUUUUCACGAGAAGAUCGACUGGGAAGCCCUAGAACAGAAAAAAGUCAAACCACCAUUUAAACCAAAAAUUAAAUCAAAGACUGAUGCCAACAACUUUGACAAAGACUUCACGUCAGAAGAGCCCGUACUGACCCCCAUGGAUCCUUCGAUACUUAAAUCAAUAAACCAAGAAGAGUUUCGCGGAUUCUCGUUCAUGAACCCAGACUAUGGCAAACUUGACUUUGAGUCUGUCGUCUUACACUGACCUUGGCACACUAGGCAACCUCAGUGUAUAUUCCAUGUUAACUCUUUCACUGCUAUCGGCAUCCUCGUCCAGGAGGCCAUAGGCCGGCAACCACAUGUAAAAAAAAUAAAAUAAAAAUAAAAAAAAUGUGAAAAAUUAAAUAUCAGCAAAACCACCAGAUGUUGAUAUGGGUUACCAUGUCAACAGGAAUUGAUGGGUGCUCAAAAGCAGAAUGGAAUACUCUAGGCUUCUACAGCUGUCGACUGAAACAUGUCUGCCCUCUUUGCUGUUGGUCUCUCCUCUAAUUUGAAAUGUGGUGGCAAAGUUCUGGGAGGGGAAAUUUCGAUCCUUUUUGGCAUCUUUUAUUUUUUUGUUUGUUCACAGAGCUUUGCAUUGUGUGUGUGCGUAUAUGUGAAAAAGUAUGGUUGAGAAUUCUCUGUUUCAAAUGAAGAAUGUUAAAACCAAGGAAAGAAAAACAAAUUGCAAGAGGCCAAGAAAGAAGACCUGAGCAUAGAAGAGGUACAGUGAUGCUCCUUGGUUUUGUGGAGGAAAUCAAACAGCUGAUACUGAGACGUAGUGCAAUGCUGCCUUGGUUCUCUGGAGGAAAUGGUUGACAACCAAUAUCGAGAAGAGGAAGCGCGAUGCUCCCUGGUUCUAUGGAGGAAGUAAAGAGACCGAUAUUGUGUGGUUGGUUGUGCCAGUUAUAUUGUGAUAGCUCGUGCAUAUAUAAUUAUGUUAUACUACCUAAUGACAUGAUUCGAGUUUGUGAUAGCCAUUAUGUUCGACAGUCAGGUUUCUCAUCUUCAACAGUUGUGUCUCCAUGGAAACAGUCCCAUCUAGUGUUGCUGACAGAGAGAUGAUCUCCAAUCGUAACGCUCAUUGUUAUGCAGUUCAGCAAUGUCUACUGGUAUUUUGGCUUGAAUGUCUGUAUCUCAUUAAUAUAUUAUUUAUUGUGGUAAGAACGAUAGAAAUAAUGAUCUACAUGCCAUUAUUCAGUCAGGUAAUAUAUAUAUAUAUAUAUGUCUUAUCUCAUAACAUAUUGUUAGUGUAUUAUUGAUGAUAACAAAGGGGUUAAACCCUCUAAAAGUGCUAAAAUUAUAUCUACUUAUGGGCUGGCACAAAAGGGAGCUAACUCUGCAUAAUUUAGUUUGUUUUUUUAAAUUGUGGGUGUGAAAGAUGGGGGUGUAAAAGCUGUGGGUUUGACACUGCUUGUUGCUGUGUAUAAGUAUAAUAUGUAGUUAAUAGGUUUUGUAAUUGUAAACAGAUCAAUUACAGGAAUUUACAUUAUACCAGACCUUGAAAUUCAUAUCUUGUAACAGCAAUUUAAUGCAGAUAAUAACAAAGUAAAUAUCCAGUAUCCAAUAAAAAUUUUGCAACAGCUUUUUGCAGUGGCAUUUGUUGAUUACUCUCGCAAAUUUUGAGAGCUACAAUACAAAUGACUUAUUUACAGUAAAUGUGUAUGCUGUUGAUCAAUAUAAUGUAAAAAAAGAAGAAAUACACAGAGUGACUAACAUUUUAAAUUGUUUACUUACUAGUAUUUACUAGUAUAUAUAUAUAUAUAUAUAUAUAUACCACAACAUACAUGCCAGCUGAUAAACGCAAAAGUCCAUCUGAUUCGGGUACUUCAGAGUGUAAUAAAUUUAAUAUAUACUUUCCCUUUAUGAUUUUAGUUAUGGAAAGGUCUAUUCCAGUUGUGUUACUAUAAGAAUUCAUUUUAUCAUUUUAAUGCAUUUGUGCAUUGAUGAUCUGUUUAAAUAUUGUACGGUCAAAAAAGGCAAUAUUGAAUGAGUUGACAAAUUGGUAGUAGAAUAUUUGUCUUAAAGUUAUGUUACUAUACGUGUAUAUUAUAUAUGUUAAUUUGGUUUUAGUAAAAACGAAAAGUGCUAUUAGGUAGAUUAAUGCUUCAUGAUAUUUUAUUUUUACUGUUAAAACAAGGUAACCAAGACACUUCAUCUCUUGUCAUCUAGUUUCUUGUCAUUUGUAUUUUGACAAAUUAAUAGGUAUUAAGUUCCCUCAGCCUGUUUCUUUUCCUGUUCACUGUUAUUAAUUAUUGAGUGAACUACAAGCUUUAUUUGUAAGGUUUAAGAGCUGCAAUCGAGACCCUAAAUUCAACAAGAGUUGUUUAAACUAUUAUACAGCAAACUGAACUUACUCUCGAAAAGUGAUGCCAUGCUAUAUGAUUGCCAUAUACUAGAAUAGCUGACUGCAUAUCAAGUGAUGAAAUUGUAAUGUUUGUCAUAAUAUUGUCACAAUUGGCUAUUCUCCUAUGAAGCACUCAUGUCUUGUGGUGUCGCCUUAACUGAUUAUUUUGAGAAAUACAAUUUACACUGUGACAUUUUGAUGAGUGUGAUUUUUCAAGCUCCUGAAUUUAAAAAAAAGAAAAAGAGUGAACUACCGUAUAAAUUAAUUGUACAUAUAUCAAUACAAUUUGUAAUUUCAGAGUUUUCAAAAUGUGUUUUCAAUGGUUGCAUGAGUUACAUAUAACUGUUUGAACAAUUGAGAUUAUUUGUCAAACCAGUUCACAUGUAACCUGAUUUUUAAGUCACAGGUCAACAUAUUCAUUCCAUGCUGGGGGGUUUUCACAACAAAAAAGAAAAACUUAUUUACCAGUCUUGAUAUUAUUAUUUUAGCAUUAUACACAGAGUUAAAUAAAGGGACUGUCUUGAUGAUGUAGCCAUUGUAAUGUGUUGGACUAAAAUUAAUACAGCCUUUUUAAUUAUUAAAAUUACAAUAUACAUGUACCUACCACAUUGCUUAUGGUUUGAAAACUGAUGGUGAGUGAAACACUGCUCUCUUAAAAUUAUGUAGCAGAGCUCUCUGUGUUAAAUUCAUAGUAAUUUUGAGUCAAAUAACUUACAAUAUCAGUAUGUACCAUAAUGAGGUGGGCAAUGUUUCGCCCUCUUGAAAUUAAUUGUGUGCGAAUGCCUACAUUUGUACAUCAAACAAUAUGCCUGUUAUUUUUACUUAGAAUGUAUAACCAGGGGACAGUAUUUCAAAAUCUUAGGUAACCGGAAGUCAGUUCAUGUGAGUUUUACUUAGAUAACCGAUUGUUCAGUUACGUGAAGAUAGUUCUCGUAACCGAUGAGUUAGGCCUACCUAAUCCUAAAACUAUGGUUCUGUGCUACAUACCUGACAAAAUUUGAAGUAAUUGGGUUAAAAGGAGUCUUCUGGCCUGGGCCCCAUUCCACAAAGCGAUGUUAGCCCUAAGAUCACCUUAAGUGCAUAGCUACCUUAUGCACUAAGUUGAUCUUGGUGCUAAGAUCGCUUCGUGGAACGGGGCCAUGGUGCUUAUAAAACUUUUAGAGUCUAGACUCAUUAGAGUCUUGAGUCUGAGAGACUAAUGUCAUGACAACGCCAUACAAAUUGUAUGUGUGUGACAUCAUUAGAGAGUUUUAUAAUCACGGGCCCAGAUGUUACAUACAUGUAUAUUUAUCAAUAUAAUGCUUUAUAUUUGAACAUUUUUAAUAGCUUUUAUUACCAAGGUAUGUUACAUAUACAUGUUGGUAUUGGUUAGUCCUCUGUCCAUUUUUAUGGCUACAAACUCAAGAUAGUCUCUUUAAUUAAUGUUACGCAAAUUAGGGCAAGUUUCAUUGACUCAUCAGUGCCAUAUACAUUUAUAUGUAUGUUGCUUUCUCAGCAAGAAUAAAAAAAUUUACAGGCAUAAUCAUUUAUAUAUACCAAACUCCAUUGCAAACACAUCAGUCAGAUUUGUAGUUGUUAAAAGAAUAUGAGAAAAGAACAUUUAAUUGAUUACAUUGUAUGCGUAACUAGAUUAAUUUUGGUAGACCACAAAUAAGCUAAACAUUGUAUACAAGUUUUAGAGUUACUGCAGGGGACAAUAUUUCAAGGGGGCGAGAUGUAGCCCAGUGGUAAGGCGUUUGCUUGAUGCACAGCCGGUUUGGGAUUGAUCCCCGUCAGUGAGCCCAUUGGGCUAUUUCUCACUGGCUGUG